AUGUCUGACAAUGAAAGCCAAGCGAGUUACGGAAGUGACGAUAAGAGUUUCCAAGAAAAUGAAGACGAAUUAAUAGUGGAAGACGUAAAUUUGGAUGGCGCCGAAGUCUCUCCAGUAAUGGAAGCGCCUAAAAGGUUUACUUCGCCUAUCAUGACUAAGUUUGAACGAGCCAAAAUCCUUGGUAUUCGUGCCCAGCAGAUCAGUAUGUCUGCGCCAAUUAUGGUUGAGUAUGGUGAUGAGACCGAUCCCGUUGAGAUAGCUAAGAAGGAACUUCGUGAGAAGAAGACUCCCCUGAUUAUUCUUCGCCGGCUGCCAGAUAAUACUUAUGAGAAAUGGCCAGUUCAUGAUCUAAUCAAUUUCUACGAUUAA